AUGGAGCGUGUUUGGAAUUAUUAUUACAGUGUUACCAAGAAAAUGCUUUCAUUAAGUGGACAGUGGCCUUAUCAAGAGAAAAAAGAAAAGUUGCUCCGAAUGGCUAUAGUGACUAUAUUUGAAAUUUCUGUGUUGAUUCCGCAGGUAGGACAAUUCAUUCAUUGCGGUAGAAAAGUGCAAUGUCAUUUAAUCAGUGCACCAUCAUAUUUAGUGUACACUGUGAUUAUGGUUAAGCUACUCACGUGUCAAAUUCUGAAUUACAAAAUUAAACAUCUCACCGAUCAAUUGAAUAACGAUUGGAAAAUUUUGAAAUGCCCGGAGGAAUACGAAAUUAUGAAAAUUUAUGCCGCAAAAGCGAGAUUGUUUUCUUUGAUUUAUUCGACAUACUAUUUUAUAGGUUGUCCCAUGUUUGCAAUUAUGAGUCUCAUACCAAAAAUAUUAGAUGUUGUGUGGCCCUUAAAUGAAUCUCGUCCCGUAUUAAUGCCCCACGGUGGUCAUUAUUUCGUUAGCGAUGACACCGAAUACUUUUAUUACAUUUUGUUUCACGUUUUAAUAGCUAUAGUAAUAAUUUUAACAGCUUUUCUCGCGCACGAUUGCGUGAUCUUGACUUAUAUCGAACAUGUCUGUGGCGUCUUUGCUGUGGCUGGAUAUCGUUUCGAAAAUUUGUCAUAUAAUGAUGUAAAGAAUAAUAUCAUCAAUCAAAAAAUAGUAUCAGCCGUUCAUGCACACUGGCGAGCUUUGCAAUUCGCAGAGUAUCUUGAAAAUACCUUCUCUGUAACUUUAGUUAUACAAAUAUUUAUAGUUAUUAUAUCAAUGAGUGUUACUUUACUGCAAAUGACAGUGAAAUUAGAUAGCACUAUCGAAGCGAUAAGGAACGCGGCAUUUGUUGGUGGUCAAUUGAUUCAUAUAUUCUGCUUCAGUCUGCAAGGCCAAAAAUUGAUAGACCACAGUAUACAAAUGCAGGAUAAGAUAUAUGCCUGUUCUUGGUACAAAAUACCAGUGAAAUUGCAAAAACUACUUCUGCCUGUAAUGAGAAGAAGCUUGCAGCCGAAUUUUUUGAGCGCCAGCGGGAUAUACAUUUUUUCACUGAAAAGUUUCAUGACGGUUGUACAAUCUUCGGUGUCAUAUUUCACUGUACUCGCGUCAUUUCAAUAA